GCAAGAGAGUAAAUUAAUCAGUCAGGAGUUAGGACCCAGAGAUAUUUGUUAGACUUACAUGCUCUGACAGCUGACUGGAAAUCAAUGGAGUGUAUGUGCUUGAAGCAACAUCACCCUGGACGGAGACUGGCUCAGGACACUUCAGGUGUUCACUUGCCCCGUCUCGUCCACUUCAGACUUUGAAAACCUGCGUUUUCUUUUCAAGACUCCCCUUUCUGAUGAAAGGGAAUAAAUUAUCCACCAAAACUGACAUCAUGACCCUGGCAGGUUUUACUCUGGUAUGCAUCAUCCUUGGUGUCACGCACUCAGCUGCGGCAGGACUUAGUUCAAUAGCAGAAAAUGAAGAUGCCCUCCUCAGACACUUAUUCCAAGGCUAUCAGAAAUGGGUUCGCCCGGUAUUAAAUUCUAAUGAUACCAUAAAAGUAUAUUUUGGAUUGAAAAUAUCUCAGCUUGUAGAUGUGGAUGAAAAGAAUCAACUGAUGACAACAAAUGUGUGGCUGAAACAGGAAUGGACAGACCACAAACUACGCUGGAAUCCCCAUGAAUAUGGUGGAAUUCGUUCAAUAAAAGUUCCAUCCGAAUCUCUUUGGCUUCCUGACAUAGUUCUCUUUGAAAAUGCUGAUGGGCGUUUCGAAGGCUCCCUCAUGACCAAAGUCAUCGUGAAGUCCAACGGAACGGUCGUUUGGACCCCUCCCGCCAGGUAUAAAAGCUCCUGCACCAUGGACGUCACGUUUUUCCCAUUUGAUCGGCAAAACUGCUCCAUGAAGUUUGGAUCCUGGACUUACGACGGCACCAUGGUUGACCUCAUUUUGAUAAAUGAAAAUGUGGACAGAAAAGACUUCUUCGAUAAUGGAGAGUGGGAAAUACUAAACGCAAAAGGGACGAAGGGAAGUAGAAGAGAUGGAUUAUACUCAUACCCUUUCAUCACUUACUCCUUCGUCCUGCGUCGCCUGCCCCUGUUCUACACCCUCUUCCUGAUCAUCCCUUGCCUAGGGCUGUCUUUCCUGACGGUGUUGGUGUUCUAUUUACCUUCGGAUGAAGGAGAGAAGCUUUCCUUAUCAACGUCUGUUUUAGUUUCCCUUACGGUUUUUCUCUUAGUAAUUGAAGAAAUAAUUCCGUCGUCUUCCAAGGUCAUCCCUCUCAUUGGCGAGUACCUCUUGUUCAUUAUGAUUUUCGUUACCCUGUCGAUCAUUGUGACUGUGUUUGUCAUUAAUGUUCACCAUAGAUCUUCUUCAACUUACCAUCCCAUGGCCCCCUGGGUUAAGAGACUAUUUCUGCAAAAGCUUCCUAAAUUACUUUGCAUGAAAGACCACGUGGAUCGCUACUCUUUCUUAGAAAAAGAUGAGAGCAAACCUGUUGUGAAAGGUCAAGUUCUAGGAAAAAAGAAACAAAAACAGAUGAGUGAGGGAGAAAAGGUUUUAGUUGCUUUCUUGGAAAAAGCUGCUGAUUCCAUCAGAUACAUUUCACAGCAUGUGAAGAAGGAGCAUUUCAUCAGCCAGGUUGUACAAGAUUGGAAAUUCGUAGCUCAAGUUCUCGAUCGAAUCUUCCUGUGGCUCUUUCUCAUAGCGUCCAUUACAGGCUCUGCUCUGAUUUUUACCCCUGCUUUGAAGAUGUGGUUGCAUAGCUACUACUAGGAACAAUUCUUCAGAGCAAUGUAAAAUCCACACCAUAGAGGCAAAAUUACACCUUCUGACACCCAGCUUGUGUGUAUGCAAUGUAUCCUAAUACACCUGCUUAUUUGAAAGGGCCUAUCUCAUCCUUGGGGUAAUUGAACCUUGGUAACUGUGGGUUUGCCCAAGUUAAUUUGUGGUCGCCAUGAGAGUGAGUUGGACUUAAAUAAAGUAGAUUUUCCUCUGGCCUCUGCCUUGGUUUAUCUGGAUGUUGGAGGAAGAGUCAAACAGCCAAGCCUGGGUCGCAAGCCUGGAUGCAGCAGGACUGGUGCUGGAUGGUGGAGGAAUGUCCCCUGGAAGCUAGACAGAGGCCUGAUGAAGGAGGCCUAUCAAGAAUUCUAGAUUUCCAGAUAACUCUGGUGUGGGCUGGCUGCUUUUCCUGGUGUCUUUGGUGAUUGUGCCUGAGGUUCACACCAGGGCUGUGUCUUGUGCUUCUGUGGCAAAGUGGUUGAACAAAUCUCAACAGCUGUUUGAGAGGUCUAGUAAUAUGGCAGCAACUGGCACCACACACUUGUUACUGAAAAGAGUGCAAGAUUCUGCUGGUCAAUGAAAGUGUCCGCUGUACCCCAACCUUGACAUUCCUUAGAAAAUGGUCUCUCUGGGGCCUGCCUGGUGGCACAAGAGGUUAAGUCUCAGAACUAUGAAGCUAUCAGCAGCCACUGCA